AUGCCUGCGUCUGAUGGCGCUCUCGAAUCGGCGCUCGACGGACCCUCCAUCUCCUCCGGAUCACCUCUCCCUCCUCGCUCAACUCGGCGCGAAUCUCCUCGACGCGGCGCGAACGGCGCGAACGGCGCGGUAGACGAAGCAGGAACGGUUGGCAAGACUCGCGAAGAGAUUCUGGCACCCUGGAUGGCGCGCUUGGGCCGGAGGGAGGACGACGGUCGCACACCCCUCGACCUCCUCAACGAAGAGAUCGAUGCCUUCCUCGACUGGGUCCGUCCGACGGAGCAGGAGCGGAAGCUCCGCCAAGACGUUUUCGUCCUCUUUAAGCGAGUUGUGCGAGCCGUCUGGCCGCAUGCCAAGGUCCAGCUCUUCGGCUCGAUGGCUACUGGUCUCUACCUCCCUGACGGCGACUUCGACAUUGUGGACUCUUCUCCCGCUUUCGCCUCCGUCCCGACGAACACGCUCCUGCUCAAGCUCAAGCACGCCCUGCUCGCCAGCAACUUUGCGCGGCAAGAUGACGUCUCGCUCAUCACGGGCGCGAGAGUUCCAAUUGUCAAGCUCACUUCCGCGCCCGAAUUCGGCUCCUUUCGCAUGAACGUCUGCUUCAACUCGCCCAAAGGCCCGCUCGGCGCCCAGGAGAGUCUGAGGCUGCUGGAAGAAGUGGACAAGAAGAGGCCGGACGGGCGGAAACGAGUCGAGGCGCACGCUCUGCUCCUCAAGACUUUGCUUCGCACGCACGGCCUCGACGAAGUUCGCUUCGGCGGUCUCAGCGGCAUGACGAUCUUCUGCCUCGCUGUCUCUUUUGUCCAGCUCGACAACUCUCAAGGACGCACGCUCGCUGCCGACUUUCUCUACCUCCUGCGAAAGUAUGCGCUGUCCUUCGACUUCUGCACGCAAUCGCUCUCGACCGCGAAUGGCGGCCGCGUAUUGAGCAAGUUUCAGUGGCUACGCCCCGGCGAGAUCCGACGCGACCGCCUGUCGAUCGUCCAUCCCGUAGAGCCGACUCGAGACGUCGCGGCCGGAUCGCAUCGCUGGUUUGAAGUGCGCCAGAAGCUGCAGGCGGUCUAUGCAGACCUUGCGGCCUACGUCAACCCCGCCCAACCGCUGCACCACCUCGCCUUUAGCCCGACAAAGAGCGCGUUGAGCAUGUUCGGCAUACGCGCGAGCCAGGUUCUCGUCGAGAUUCGCGAGCGACACGAGCGCCUCAUUGCGGAGGGCACUCUCGACGAGCUUGUCCACGAGUGGUCCCCGGUCUGCAGCGCCGCAACGUCGCCCGGCGCGACCGUUGCUUCGCCGACUACCAGGGGCAGCCUACUUUCGGUCACGCCUCCCUCACCACGAACCGCUUCUCACGACCACGCCUCAUCGGCUUCUCUCAGGUCCGCCUCAUCCGCCUCGCCAGCGCGGCACAGCAAGGACGUCGAUGAUUCGCCAACCUCGCCAUCUUCCAACCCUUCUCCUGAAGAGUGGCUUGAACAGCACGAGGAGCCCGAGCCGUCGCCUGAAGAGUGGCUCCAGCAACACAAGCAACGACUCGCUCGCAUCCAGGAUCUCUGGCAGGACGCGGACCCUUCGCUGCCUGCGACGACGACUUCGCCGGCUCUCGCUCAUCCCAUCUUCGCUCCUUCUCCCGUCUUCGCACCGUAUGGUCGUUCUCCCUGGUGA